AUGGUUGACACCUUCGUCGUCGCCAUUUGUGCGUUUAUUUACAAUCUCCUCCAUGCCGUGUGGAGAACGUUAGUGUCCGAGCCAGCUGGUUUGGCCGCGCCGUACAGGGAGCGAGGUCGUUCUUUUGGGGAGUUCAUGGAGGAGCUGAGCCCCAGACAACUGGCUGUCAAACAGCUGAGGCAACAGUUCCUGCAGGCCCUGCAGGCCAACAACGCUCAGGAGGUCCUGCAGAUGCUGCACACCAGGAAGCUAGACAUUGACACUGUGCUAGAGGUGGAGGACCCCAGCAUGGUGCUGGCCUCAUACAAACAAGGUUAUUGGCUCCCAGGCUACAAACUGGAGCAUUCCUGGGCGAUGGGCAUUCAUGUGUGUGUGAUGUACAAUGCUCUGGAAACAGCGCUGGUGCUCCUUCAGGAAGGUGCGGCCGUCAACCGGAUGCCCAAUGGGAAGACGCCGCUGCACGUGGCCUGCGAGGUCUCAAACAGCGACUGCGUUGCCUUGCUUUUGGCUCAUGGGGCAAAGGUCAACAGCCUGUCACUGAGCGGGCACACGCCGCUGCACUACUGCAUCACCGCAGAGUCUGUAGACUGUGCCAAGCAGCUCAUCCUCAAAGGUGCAAAAGUCAACAUGGCCAGCCACAACAACGAUGAGGACACGCCUUUGCACACAGCAGCUAGAUUCGGCAUCCCAGAGCUGUUGGCCCUCUACUUGGCCCACGGAGCAUCUGUGGAUGCAGUCAACUCUCUCCAGGAGACGGCCCUGAUGACUGCAGCCUUCUGGGCUUUAGACACGAAGACGCAGAUCUACAGCCAAGACCACCAUUUAGUCUGUCGCCUCCUGCUGGACCACCGGGCAGAUCCGAACCUCCAAGAGGAGGACAAUAAAACGGCUCUACACAAGGCGGCCUGGAACUGCGAUCACGUCCUGAUGCAGAUGCUGCUGGAGGCCGGAGCAGACGCGCGAGCCAUGGACAUCAACGGCUGCGCCCCCAUCCAGUAUCUCCUCAAAGUGACUGACGUCAGGGCCAUGGCCAUACCUGAGCUCUGCUAUCAGCUGCUGCUCAACCAUAACGCAGCACGGGUCUACCCACCGCAGUUCCACAAGGUGUUGCAGUCCUGCCACGACUACCCCAGAGCAGUGGAAAUCAUGGUCAACUCCUAUGAACGCUUAAAGCCCACAAGGAAGUGGAGGCCUGCCAUUCCUGAUGACUGCUACGAGCGCCAUAAAGACUUCUACGACUCUCUGUUUGCCGUUUGCACCAACACGCCUCGCAGCCUGCUCCACCUGACCAGAUGUGCCAUCAGAUCCAGCAUGGGUUGGUUCUGUCAGAGAGGUGUAGCACAGCUGCCUCUGCCGUCCCCCAUGAAGAAAUAUCUCUUACUGGAACCUGAGGGGAUACUGUACUGAUGAAGCUGUAUGGGCUGAUCCUGUCACCAGAUGACUUUAAUAGAAACAUUCACUACUUGUCUGCAGACUGUGCA